GUCGCCUGCAGAAGCCAUGGCCGCCCUGCGCGCGCUGCUGCCCCGCGUCCGCGCGUCGCUGCGCCCCCCGCCCGGCUGCCUCGCGCCGCGCCGCUUCGCCUCGAGCACUAACUUUGAGUACAUCGUGGUGGAGAAGAAGGGGAAGAACAGCAGUGUGGGGCUGAUCCGACUGAACCGCCCCAAAGCACUCAACGCGCUCUGCAAUGGCCUCAUCACUGAGCUCAACCAGGCACUGGAGGCCUUCGAGGAGGACCCGGCUGUGGGGGCCAUCGUCGUCACGGGCGGGGAGAAGGCAUUUGCAGCUGGAGCCGAUAUCAAGGAAAUGCAGAACCAAACUUUCCAGGACUGUUACUCCCGCAAGUUCUUGAGCCACUGGGACCAACUGACCCAGGUCAAGAAGCCAGUCAUAGCUGCUGUCAACGGUUAUGCUCUUGGAGGUGGCUGUGAACUUGCUAUGAUGUGUGACAUCAUUUAUGCCGGAGAGAAAGCCCAGUUUGGGCAGCCAGAAAUCCUGAUAGGAACCAUCCCAGGUGCGGGAGGCACCCAGAGACUGACCCGGGCCGUCGGAAAGUCGCUGGCCAUGGAGAUGAUUCUCACUGGUGACCGGAUCUCAGCCCAGGAUGCCAAGCAAGCAGGUCUUGUCAGCAAAAUUUUUCCUGUUGAGACACUGGUCGAAGAAGCCAUCCAGUGUGCAGAGAAAAUUGCCAGCAAUUCUAAAAUUGUCGCAGCGAUGGCCAAGGAAUCAGUGAAUGCAGCUUUCGAGAUGACAUUAACAGAGGGAAAUAAGCUGGAGAAGAAACUCUUCUAUUCAACUUUUGCUACUGAAGACCGGAAAGAAGGGAUGACUGCAUUCGUGGAGAAGAGGCAGGCCAACUUCAAAGACCAGUGAGCACUGGCCGCCUCUGCCUUAAAGCCUCUGUCUGAAGAGGAAAACUAUGGUCUGUUAGCUUUAGAAGCAAAUAAAUCCUUCUCUUUUAAAGGGCAGUAAAAGUGACAGUUUCUCUCUGACUCUGCGGGGCCGUGCGUGGCAGGUGGUCUUCACCCACCAGUUGUGAGAAGCGCUGUCAAGCGUGUUUUUACUUCAUUUCAGGAACUGAGAGAAGUUUCGUGGCCAAACACGGUCACUUAGUACAGCACGUCACGCUCAGACAGAGCACGUGGUCGGCCAGCGUGUGGGUCACGGCCAGUGACCGUGACCCUCGGGGAAGGCGUCGCUGAUGGGCGCUUUAAAGAGAUGUGCUAUUGACUGAGUGACAGAUGUGAGAUCACACUGUCCUUACUGUAAUCAUCUCGAGUUGAAUGUUCUAU